UUUAGUUUCCUGGCGCACAGAUCCUUCCCUCAAGCUCGAUGGUCCGCUCUGUCGCCUACCUCACGACAGCGAUCGCGCUGGCCCUUGCGUCCGCCGAAGGCGACGUCGUGCCAAGCCUGUCGGCGUUUGGAGUCCCGUCGACGAGCAAGGCGUUCUGGGCCGAGACGUUCCAGAACUCGACGCUCUUUGACGAGAACUCGGUGUGGGUCAAGAGCCGCCACAAGAAAUACCGCGAGCAAAAGGUGUCUGUGCAGGAAGGCCCGCGCCUCCUCGGCACUUUUGCGCAGGACAAGGCACUUUUGAUGGAGGCGAAAGCCCAGCACUACGGCUUUGGCGCCAAGCUUCCGUCGUCAUUCCAGCUGGAUGAGACCAAGAGCGCUCUCAUCGUGCAGUACGAAGUCAAGUACCGUGACGGCGUCAACUGCGCCGGCAGCUACCUCAAGCUCCUCCGCGAACCCGCCGACCUCGAAUCGCUCGAUGAAAAGUCUCCGUUCAGCAUCAUGUUUGGGCCCGACCGGUGCGACAAGACCAACAAAGUGCAUUUUAUCUUCAACCACAAGAACCCACUGACGCACAUGUAUGAAGAGAAGCAUCUCGAGAUCUCGCCGCCCGCAAAGACCGAAGACAAGCUGAGCCACGUGUACACGCUCGCCGUCCAUGAUGACAACUCGUUCGAGGUGUACGCCGACUUGGUCGCGAUCAAGAAGGGCAGUCUUCUCACGCAUUUCAAGCCGGCGGUCAACCCGCCAAAGGAAAUUGAUGACCCGUCCGACGUCCGCCCCUCGACGUACGAAGAAACCGAGUUCAUUCCGGACCCCGCGGCACAAAAGCCAGAAGACUGGGACGAUGACGCGCCCAAGACCAUUCCCAACCCCAAGAUCACCCAGCCCGACGACUGGGACGAGGCGGAAAAGGGACCGUGGAAGCAAUCGAUGAUGUCAAACCCGGCGUACCGAGGCAAGUGGACGCCUCCGAUGAUCGAAAAUCCCGACUACUUGGGGGAGUGGGAGCCCCGAAAGAUCCCCAACCCCGACUACUACGAAGAUGCGCACCCGGCGCGCAUGGAGCCGAUCGGCGCCGUGGCGCUCGAGGUCUGGAGCAUGGCCACCAACAUUCAGAUCGACAACCUUUGGCUCGGUCACGACCUUCAGGACGCCUUUGACUUUGCGCGCGAGACGUGGGCGCCCAAGCAAAAGGCCGAAGAGCUCGCCAUCGAGAUGGAGCCGGCGCCCAAGCCCAAGGAGCGACCGGCGCGCAAGAAGUACGAGCCUACGUACUACGAGAUCGCCAAAGGUUACGCGACCCGUGGGGCCGAGUACGUCCAAACGUACCCGCUCAUGUCGGCGGUGGGCACCAUCUUUGCACUGCUCCUCCUGGCGUUCGUGCGCGGGCUGCGCCAAGACUGGGCCGACGAGCUCCGCCACGAGCAAGCCGAGAAGGAGACGCCAGAUAUCCGAGUCGACGACGAGACCGAGGUUGUGCACCUCGAUGCCAAGCCCGCCAAAGACGCUACGGACGCCCCCGUGCCGCCAGACACUGAAGGCCUUCGCCAGCGCCGGCCGAGCACGACCCAGCAAGCGUAAUGUGCUAUGUGGUACCAAUAAUGUCUUUUCUUUUUACAUACAUGAGCAAAACUUGCA